CUUGGUCUGCGUCAGGGAGAGCGCAGCGUGCAGCAGAGCCUGUGUUGUGACGCUGCUGCUGCUUCCAGGCUCCACGCCAUGAAACCAGCACUAGAUGCUGCUGUCGCUUGUUUGUCUGCACGCUGUUAACCCGAGACACGCUCUCUUCAGGAGGAUGAACACAUUGUCUCCACCUCUGAAACUCAGUGAGCCGCUGUUCUAGUCCGGUAGAGCUCCCAGAGGAAGGAGCAGGAUCCGACCCUCUGUCGACAUUGUGAUUAAACCCCCUGAACAUCGUCUCCUGGCUCUGAAAUGGGAAUGUUCAUCCAGUUGCUGCUUCUGCAGUUCUACGUCCUCUCGAGCUGUGUGUGCAAUGCUGUCGCCUUUGUUGAGGAACCCCCCGAAGGCAGGACGGACGGGUACUGCGGGCGGAUCCUUCGGGCGCAGACUCAGGGGACCCGGAGGGAUGGCCACCAUGAGUUCAGGCUCAGAGUGGAGGGGGACGCGGAAACCUACGAGCCUGGUCACAAGUACAGAGUGGUCCUCCUGGCAACCAGCCCUGCUUAUUUUAGAGGUUUCACCCUCAUCGCACUCAGAGAGGGCAGAGAAGGCACCACUGAUGAGGACUACGCAGGCCAGUUCCAGAUUAUUGAUGAAGAGGACACACAAUUCAUGACCAACUGUGCUCCUGCUGUGACGGAGAGUACACCUCGGAGACGUACAAGGAUACAGGUCUUCUGGACAGCGCCCCCUACUGGUUCUGGCUGUGUUAUACUGAAGGCCAGUAUCGUCCAGAAGAGAAUCAUUUAUUUCCAAGAGGAAGGAUCUCUCACCGUUCGACUGUGUGAAAAAGAGCGUGUAUUCGGGGCCACAGACCCUCCUGGCUUGGAAUGCUGCGCUUGUGGGACGGCCAAGUACAGACUCACCUUCUACGGCAACUGGUCAGAGACGGUCCACCCAAAAGACUACCCAAAACGAGCCAACCACUGGUCGGCUCUGAUUGGUGCGUCUCACGCCAGAAGCUAUGUGUUGUGGGAAUAUGGAGGCUUCGCAAGUGAGGGCGUCCGACAGGUUGCUGAGUAUGGAUCCCCCAUCAAGAUGGAAGAGGAGAUCCGCCAAAAGGGAGAUGAAGUGCUGACUGUUAUUAAAACCAAAGCCCAGUGGCCGGCAUUUCAGCCCCUCAACAUGCGCUCAGCUCCAUCAGCAGAGUUUUCUGUGGACCGGACCCGUCACCUGAUGUCCUUCCUCAGUAUGCUCGGGCCGAGUCCAGACUGGAACGUGGGGCUGUCUGGGGAGAACCUCUGCACCAAGGAGUGUGGCUGGGUCCACAGGCUUGUGACAGACCUCAUUCCCUGGGAUGCAGGGACCGAUGAUGGUGUUACAUACGAGUCGCCAAACAAACCCACCAUCCCUCAGGGGAAGAUCCGCCCCUUGACCAGUUUGGACCACAUCCAGAGCCCGUUCUACGAUCCUGAGGGGGGCGCCAUCACCUCACUAGCAAGGGUGGUUUUAGAACGCAUCGCUAGAAAGGGGGAGCAGUGUAAUGUGGUGCCAGACACCAUUGAUGACAUUGUUGCUGAUAUCGGUCAGGAUGAGAGGGAAGAAGAUGACACCCCAGAGACAUGUAUCUACUCAGCCUGGUCCCCGUGGUCCUCUUGCAGCAGUGCGACCUGUGAGAAAGGACGCAGAAUGAGGCAGAGGAUGCUGAAGGCCCAGCUGGACCUUAGUGUGCCAUGUCCACACACUCAAGACUUCCAGCCAUGCAUGGGACCAGGGUGCAGUAUGGAAGAGACGUCAACGUGCAUGAUGUCUGAGUGGAUCAGCUGGUCCGCCUGCAGUGUGUCGUGUGGGAUGGGGAUGAGGUCCAGAGAGAGAUACAUCAAGCAGUACCCGGAGGACGGCUCGCUCUGCCAUCUGAACACCGAAGAGACGGAGAAGUGUGUGGUCAAUGAAGAAUGCUCACCCAGCAGUUGUGUGGUCACUGAGUGGGGCGAGUGGGAGCCCUGCAGUAUCACCUGUGGGGUGGGUAUGAGGAGACGUGAUCGCAUGGUGAAGAUGCCGCCUAUAGACGGAUCCAUGUGUAAAACAGAGGUGUCUGAGGUGGAGAAAUGCAUGAUGCCAGAAUGCCAUACCAUCCCUUGCAUGCUGUCACCCUGGUCUGACUGGAGUGAUUGCAGUGUGACUUGUGGGCGAGGCUUAAGAACACGUCAGAGGAUGUUAAAGUCGGAUCCUGCAGGGUGCACCGAGGAACUGGAGCAGACAGAGAAAUGCAUGCUGCCUGAGUGCCCUGUUGACUGCAUGGUAUCUGAGUGGUCCGAGUGGUCCGAGUGCAACAAGUCCUGUGGAAAAGGACACACUAUCCGGACCCGUAUGGUUAAACUGGAUCCCCAGUUUGGGGGCGUGGCUUGUCCUGAGGCGAUCCAAAGAAAGAAGUGUAAGAUCAGAAAAUGCCGAACAAAAGCUAGGGCGGAGAAAGUUGGUGAAGAAGAUGGAGGAGGAAAGAGGAGGAGACGUGGGAAACAGGGAAGAGAAGCAGCAGCUGAGGAGCAGCAAGGUUGUAGGCUACAGCCGUGGACCAGCUGGACGGACUGUACCAAACCAUGUGGAGGGGGAAUCCAGGAACGUUUCAUGAUGGUGAAGAAAAGAGGAAAAGGUCCUCAGAUGGCGAGCUGUAAGGACCGGAAAGAGAUCCGUGCGUGUAACGUUGACACCUGCUAGCAAGGACUUUUAAAUCAGAGAGGAGGGAAGGUGAGCGGUGGAUAAGUCCAUGACUUUCUGUACAAAAGGAAGGGAAGAAGUUUGGUGAGGUUUAUUACUUUCACACCUUAGAAAAAUGAUAUGUGUUUAUGUUAUUGAAAAGAUGUGCAAGUAAACAAACAAACAAAAAAACAUUAUCACAGUUUAGUCUGUAUUCUCAGAAGCUUUAAAUAAGAUGUGAAAUGAUGUUAGAUUCUCUAUCUGCACUUACUCUCUUAGGACAAUAUCCACAGGGACCUGGGAUUAUUGCACAGGACUGCUUUAUACUGACACCAUGAUGCCUUUCAUCAGGAUGUGUUCCAUGCAAACUUUCCCUCAAAGUUAUAAUAAAAUAACUGGUUAGCAGUUUUAGCACUGGGGAAUAAAACCUUGCAGCAGGCUCCAGUAUCUCUGAGUGAAAGCUCAGAGAUACUGAGCGUUUGUCUUCUACCCGCCUCUGCCUGCUGUACGCCUGUUACAUGUUCUGAGAUGUUUACGUCUUGCAGAGCGAAACUGGAGGCAACCAUGGUCAGAUGUGUUAUGUCCUCACCUGUUUGAGCUUUAGUUUCCAUGUUUAAAGCUUUAAGGUAAGCAACAAGAGUGUGGGAAUAACAAGGUACCAUGCCUGUGGAGAGGGGUCCAAUUUAGAGGAUAAAAAAAUGACAUUUCUGUCCACAGGAGCUCAUCAAAUACAAGCAGAAUAACAUAGGUGAGCACAUAACUACACAUGGAGAUACACUACCAGUCCAAAGUUUGGACACACCUUCUCAUUCAAUGUUUUUUAUUCAUUCUAAUUCUUUUCAACAUUGUAGAUUAAUACUGAAGACAUCCAAACUAUGAAAUAAUCUGGUUUUACCAUAAUCUGGAUUACAACAGUAGUCAAAUAGGGCUAUCCAUUGUGUACUAACCCUACCUCUGAACAACACAACUGAUGGUCUCAAACACAUUAAGAAGGCAAGUCAUUCUACAAAUGAACUCUUGACAAGGCUCAUGUUCAUUAGAAACCAUUCCAGGAGACCACUUCAUGAAGCAGACUGAGAGAAUACCAAGAGUGUGCAAAGCUGUCAUGAAGGAAAAAGGGGGCUACUUUACAGAAUCUAAAAUAUAAAACAGAUUCUGCUUUGUUUAACACUUUUUGGUUCAUUACAUAAUUCCAUAUAUGUUCUUUCAUAGUUUUGAUGUCUUCAGUAUUAAUCUACAGUGUUUACAAUCAUUACAAUAAAUACAAACCCUUGAAUCAGAAGGUGUGUCCAAACUGUUGACUGGUAGUGUGUAUCCAGUUAUAACAUAAAGAGAGAGUAUCGUCAGACUGUGUGUGCUCCUAUGUGUGGAGCAAAAA